GCGUAAAUGGACCCUGAGUUGAGUGGUUUUAGAUUCCUCGGAGACUCCGUUUUUAGGGUUCACUUAUGUUUUUUUUCUCUCUUUCCCUCAGAUAUUUUCGAUAUUUCGUCGUCACUUUGUCUCUUCCAUUCCUUAAAAACAUGUGCUUUCUGAUAAUACGUUGUUACUAGCUGUAGACUCAUUUCCUCAUUGUUCCGUGCUUUGCUGUAAACAAUUCGAAAUGACCAUCAAAGAGAGGCGAUAUUUUCAAAAUGUUUCACAAAAGAAGAAGAUCGUGGUGCUCGAAUCUCAGAAAGAAAAGUUGAUUGAGGCUGCCCCAGAAGAGCUGCUUGUGCAGGGAGGUCGGAGGAAGAAACAAUGGAAUGGAACUACACAUCAAUGGGAUGCUGCACUUCGUGCAAAUGGUAGCCAAACUGCUGAGCUUUCUCCUCAAGGGUGUGAGGUUGGGAGACAAGUUGAAGAUGAAAGAGUUUGUCGUAGUGAAGAAAGGUUAUUGGUAGAGGGAGGUGAUAAUCGUCUGUUGAUCCUUGCGAACUCUGCUGAAUUAAUGUCAGAAUCGGAGGAUAGUUUACGUAGAGUACAUGUAAAUCGUCAAGGUUAUGAAGAUAAGAAUUGGGAUAAAGUUGGUGAAGUAACCCUAAUUGCUCAUGAGAGAAGCGAGAAGGAUGGAUCUCAUUGUGAAGGAAAAGUGCCCCGCUUAAGUCAAAUUCAGCAUCAAGGUUGCCUGAAAAGUCAAUCAUUCAUGCAACAGAGCAUCCAAGAGGACACUUGUGGGUGCAUGCAAAGAAGUAAAACUCGCCUGACUCAAAUUCGCCGUCUAGCUCGCUCGGGAAAUCAUGUGCUAGGGAAAGAGGAUAGUGCAGGAUGUUCUCAUGGCAAGUUGCCAGGAGGGAUAACUCGCCUGAGUCAGAUUAGGCGUCAAGCUCGGUCUACAAACAAUUGCUCACUACAAGAACGAAUUGAGGAGCAUAUGCACAGGCAUUUAGAUUGCCAAUAUCAUGAAGAUCUCCAGAUGGUAGAUGCAGCUGCAGAACAAUGUGCAAAGCUAGACAGCUGCCAAGUGAUUGGAACUUCUUCCUCCUCUUGUUCUGUAGAUGCAGAAAAUGUGGACAAGAUGAUAUGUGAGAAAGGAACACUACGCUUAAGCCAAUUAAGACGCAAAGCUCGUUUGGGAAAUGCUGAUUUGGUUGCAAAGAGAAAUACUGGAUAGCUGUAACAAAGAAUUAAAAUGCGAGUUCAGCCUGGAUUUUGUGGCUAAGAAAGUAGAGAAGAAACUUGUAAAGAAUGCCUUUGUGUUUGAAGUUUGGGGUUAGAAGAUCAAGGGGCUUCAAGCUGCGUCCUUAGGGUAUACUGCGUACACUAUGCUUAUUAGAUUUUAACAUCAACAGAUAUCAUAGGGAAAUUUGCAAAACAGUUUGAAAUAGAAAUACAUUCAAUCAUAAUGACCUUUCCCUCUCUCUGUACAGCUAAGAAAUUUGUUAAUACUUUGUUUAUAUAUGGAACUUUUAUAUCUC